ACCAAUAUUAGUCAUUCUCCUAAAAUUUGGAAUAUUAUUACUGCUAUAAGAGAUAACUAUAACACAGUUAAAAAUCUUGCACAUUCAACUAAAAUCAAAUUAUUAUUUUUAUGUAUGUUGCUAAACAUUUUGACAUUUGUUACAGUUGGUGAAUUUGAUACUUUGUACUUGUUUGUGGUGCAUAGAUUCAACUGGACAGCCAAUAUGUUUGCAAAUUUUUUGUUUACUUGGAAACUGGGCCAAAUUCUAGCACUCAUUAUAUGUUUACCUCUCCUCAAAAAAUAUAAAAUUCAAGAUCUUAGAAUAGCUAUGAUUGGAUUUUUGUCAAAAAUUUUGGGGCUCAUCCUGUUUGGAACUUCAAAAUAUGGCUACGUUAUUUUUAUAGCGGCCAUAAUAAGUAUGUUCGAUUCGACUCCGUCCACUACCCUCAGGUCUAACAUAUCUCAAAAUGUCGAAAAACAAGAUAUAGGCAAAAUAUUUGCUCUUAUAGCGUGCACCGAGUCUAUUACUGCCAUAAUUAGUUCUUUGUUUUUCACGAAACUAUAUUCGAUUUCGCUCAAUAAAGACGCUUGGUUCAUUGGUCAUGCCGGAAAUGGGUUCGUGUACUUUUUAGGAGCGUGUUUACUUCUUCUAGCUUUACCACUCAUCGAAUAUGCUAGAAGGAUAGAUCGAAAAACUGAACAGGAACGCUCAUCAAUUACGGAACAAACAAAUGGAGAGGAAGAUUCUAAUGAGUCUUAAAUAAAAAAAAAAUAUAUAAAUAAUUUUAUAGUUAAAUUUUUUCUCGAUUAUUUACCGAUUUUACAUUACAGUAUUUUUAUAUACAAACUUUAUAUUAGAGUGUAUUUUUUAUAAUAUUUCAUUAAAUAUAUCAUUAAUCAUGUAUAGCAAUUAAAAUUUAAAUCUUUUAUUUUA